AUGGGCGUAGGAGAGACCAUCACCGUCAUCAAUCGCUCGGGCAAGGUCGUCAGUAGCUCCAAGCACAUCAUCAACGUCUUCAAGGAGGCCAAGUCGGCCUACCGCGAGCGCAAAGCUGAGAUCCAGGCCGAGCGCAACGCCGCCCUGCAAGAGAAGAAGCUCCGCGAGGGCAUCAAGUCGGUCCGCCUGGACGACGAUACCCGCUCGCGCGCAUCUUCGCACCGCUCCAAGCACUCCAAAGCUGACACCCACCGAUCCAAGUCGCGCCGACCUUCGCGGCCCCCGCUGGGCCGUGGCUACACCGACAGCUUCUAUGCCAACGACGACUCGUCACCGCGCCGCAACCGCCACCGCUUCGAGGAUGAUCUGGCAGGCGCCGCCCAGGAAGGCCACAAGAUGGAGCUCGCCAGGCGGAAUACCGAAGCUGUUAUCUCCGUGAAGCGCUCGGAUCCCUCGCGACGGAAAUCUGAUUCGGGCGUUGACAUGGACCUUUGCUAUGGAGAUAUCCCACCGCCCCUGCCAGACAAGCGCUACGAGGAGGGGGAGCUGCGCGAAAAAGCGUCAAAGAUCACCAUGCUCCUCGACGAGGCCAACUGUCUACAAUAUUCCGUCACCUCGAUGAUUGAAAACCUACAAAAGAACCCGGAUGCGCUUGCCGCGGUUGCGCUUACGCUUGGCGAGAUCAGCACCAUGUUAAAGAAGAUGGGACCUAGUGUCCUCCCCAUACUCGCCAAGAGUUUCCCUGCUGUCGUAGCUCUGCUCGCGAGCCCCCAAUUCAUGAUCGCUGGAGGCGUCGCGGUUGGUGUCACCAUUGUUGCGCUUGGUGGCUAUAAAAUCGUCAAGAAGUUGCAAGCUCAGAAGGAGGAGCAGGCCCAGCCUAUGGCUAUGGGUAUGGAUAUGGGCCCGAUCGAAGAGCCGCUGAUGCUGGACGAGUUGGAGCCCCCAGAGCUUAGCCGCAUCGAGGUCUGGCGCCGUGGCAUCGCAGACGUCGAAGCCGAAAGCGCCGGCACUUCAGUCGACGGCGAAUUCAUCACGCCCGGCGCAACACGACACCUUGCUGCUGAAGGAGUCCUAGACGAGGACGACAUCAAGUCUCGACGUAGUGCACGCUCCAGAAAAGAUGGCGAGCAUCGCUCGAAAUCCCACAAAGCAAAGAGCGUCCGCAGCGAGGCGACUACAAAGACCGCAAAGACCGCGAAGACCGCUACCACCGCGAAAUCCACUUCCACAACCCGCAGCAAGACCGUCAAGGAGAAGAGCAAGAAGAAGGAACCUUCUGGUCUCAAAAUGCUUUUCCGAUCUCAUUCUUCCUAA